UCGGUGUUGUUGAAGCUAACGAUGGCAGCAGCGGCGGGAUGCGGCUCGGCGGCCGCGGCUGCUGGUGGAGUGGCGGGCGGCGUGGCCGCAGCACGGGGGCGAUUUCCCGGGCGGCCCUGGUCGUCGCGGAGCCGUCUGCGCUCGGAGAAGCGGUGGCAGCUCGGCCGCUCGGGCACGGAGCAGGACGACACUGGCGGCGGAGGCCCGAGGCCCGGCGGCUGCCUGGCGCUUGCGUGCGGAGAGGACCCGUCUCACCUGCGCUUGCUGGGGAUCGAAGCGAGCUACAAGAGCCUGGGGGAGGCCGGCUACAGCUCGAGUGGAAGCGAAGAGGGAUCAGAAUUCAAAGGUUUUGAGAUCGAAAAUGAAAACAACAGUGUUCCUGAACGGUCCAGACGAAAUCGUCCCAAACGUAAUGGGGCAUCAACAAAUUCAUCCAAAAGGGUACGUCGAAGACUAGCUCUUGCAACAGCCAUAGCUGUGGAGACGGUUCAAGCACCUCAGGAUGAUUCUGGAUUUACACAGGAACUUCACAACACGGAGUCUUGUAAUGGUGUUUCGAUUGAAGAUGCUGUUUCUGGCUCAGAUAAGUUAACAAAACGAAGACGAAGAAGAGGCUCCGUUAAAAACGAAGCUUCAUCUGCUCCAAGGAUCACUAUCAAGGUAGUGACAAAGAGGAGAGUAAAGGUAGCUGCAUUACAGAAGUCUGAAACGAAGGAAAAUCAAUGUGCUAUAGACUCAUCUGCACAAGUGAAAUUAAAGAGAGGUGCAAAAGUCCCAGAAAAUAGUUCUGUUGAAGUAAAGGAAGAGGUCAUUACAAGAAGGCGAGGGAGAUCUGCAUCAGUUCCCCAGAGUGUGCCAGAUACAAAGGUUGAUGACCAAAAUGUAGGGGAAAAGUUGAGGAAGUCAACCCGCAAGACUCGUUCAACACCAUGUGGGGACACUGUAGAGCCAAAUGCUGGUGAAAAGAAGGCAGAACCAACAGACAGCGUGUCAAAAGAAAACACGGAAGUCAAAAAGCUUGUGAUUCGGAGACGGCAAAGAUUAGACUCCAGCCGCAUUGAGCAGUCAGGAGACCACAAAGAUGAGGCCACUUUGUCAGAGUCGAUAUUAGAGGUGUCAACAGUUGAGGAACCUAAACCACCUUCCAGGAAGAAAAAGAAAAAACGGAAGAAGAGGAAUCGGAAAGACAAAGUCUCUGAAAAGAGUGACGAGAACCGUGAUGCUUUGUCUCAGCAACCGACAGGAGACUCUGUGGAGAACAAUUUUGUGGGAAUCCCAGGCUUGAAAUUGACACGAAUACGAAACCCAAAAGCCAGGUCACGUAAGAAAUGCAGUAAGUUUAUUUGGACGCUAACACUGGUAAAGUGCAAAAGCAAAACUGUUAGUCCACCAACCCAAGAAAAUCUAAGCAAAGCACCAGAAAGCCUUAGCAAAGAGACAGAUUGUCCCUCAAAAUGUGCAAAAGAGCUAGAUGUUUCAGAAGAACCCACAUCUAGUCCAGCUGAGACGGCAGAGAUUAGCACUCUGCAGGAGCCGGAAAGUAAGGACUUGUUAAACACUGAUGAUGUCACCAAAAGCCCAGAAAAUACAGAUAUCACGGAGAAAGAUGAUGAGAUCUCAAGAAAUGACGAUGAGGUGACCUCUGGAAAAGACGAAGAGGAGGAGGAGACCUCAAGAAAGGAUAACCAAGAGGAGAGAUUGAGAAAGGAUAAUGACGUGACAUCAAGAAAGGAAGAGGAGACAAGAUCAAGAAAUGACGAUGAGGUGACCUCGAGAAGGAAUGAGGAGACAAAGUCGAGAAAUGAUGGUGAAGUGACCUUAAGAAAAGAUGAGGAGAAGCCUCAGGUCUCUGUUACAUCUGAGGUUGUGAAAGAAAUUCAUCCAAAGGUGGCUGCAGAGACCGAUCUAGAGCCGAUGGAUAAAGAUUUUGUUCCUCCCCUUCAGAUAAAGCUCGUGUCCUCACCAGGUAAACGCAACAGCUUAAAGCAGUCCUUUUCAGUCCAGCAAGCCGUAACUACACCUAAAACAAAAGAGGUUUCUAAAGAAGCCGAACAUCGGACUCCGACAGAAAUGGAGAACCAGAUAGAACCUCCUCCUAUGAUGCCCAAGGCAAGGCACAGAUUGAGUCUCAACUCUCCUCGAAAAAAGCGUGUAAGACAUAAACCUUGGACAACUUGCAAGAGGAAAUCUAAGAGUGCUCCUUCGGCUGAUCUCUCCAGUUCUAAAACGAUUGCUGAAACUGCGAGUUCUGUUACUGAAUCAGAAGCUCCAGCCACAGAGACGGAAACUGCAGCCACUGAAACGGAAGCUCCAGCCGCUGAAACUGAACCCAAGGUAGGGGAAUUACCAGACUCACAUGAACAACCUAAACCAAGGAAGUGCUCUGGUCAGGCUGCUGUCUCGAAAGCAAAAGGGUCCCUCCCAAGAUGUGAAGCACCAAUGUCUGAGGCAGCUGAACCUACAAGUGUCGAUUGUGCUGCACUUCCACCUCAACCUGCGACAGAAACACAGCCAGAGAUUAAGACUGAGGAGGCACCAUCUACUGAAACUGCUGAAGUCUUGGUUUUAGAGCCUCGAACGUCAGUCCCUGGUCAAGCAGAGCCUCCUUAUCACGCUCGGCAACCAAGCAAGCAAGGCAAGAAAAGACGUAGAGGUUUGAUAGGACAGAGGUUAAAAGCUCGCAGAAAGAGGUUGUCCCCAAGACAGUUAACAGAUGAAGGCGCUGAUGUUUGCUCAGCAGCCGUAGCUUCUGAGCCAGCACGGUCCAAGCUAUUUGGCAUACUGAAAACAAAAUACAGAAAGAGGCACGUUUCAUCGAGUCUUCCUUACACUCUUGAAGACAAAAAAAGGAGGGCAAAGCUUUUCGCACAGCAAGUAGAAUGUGAGCUUGGUGCUCAAAGUAAUGAUCAAAAAGACAAGGCCUCUGUUGAUGAAAAAACAGACCCUGAAUCCGUUGAAGUCCAACCUGGUAAAACAAAAUUUGUUAAAAACAUUAAGCAUUUUAUAAUGCCAGUUGUCAGUGCCCGAUCCUCGCGUGUGAUCAAAACGCCAAAGAGGUUUAUGGAUGAUGCUGACAUGUCAGAUCUACCACGGAGGAAUGCGCAGAAGAAAGCUCAUCAGUUGGGAUUGAAUCCAAAAUCAAAGAAACGAGAUGGUAGUGAUGAGAAAGAUGAGCCCUCCUCUCUUCCAUCACCGGAUGAGGAAGACCUUCUGUUGGAACUACCUGAAGCCCAGUUAGAUCUCGAUUUGUCUUCUGCUGAAGAAUCUAAGCUUGAGCCAGUAAGCGACUUGGAAAACCUAGGCGAAGAUAAGUUCUCCGGCAAGAGGAGAUCACUACUCCGAGACCCAGGGUUUAAUUGGCAAGUACUGGAGCCUGCAAGUGCUUUGAAUUUUGACCAAGAUAUCGAAAAGGAGUAUGAGGCCUUGCUAUCUGCAGAAGAUUUCCAGUUUGAUUCAGUAAUUGAUCCACCUCAGAAAAAGAAGCAGAGCAUGAAAUUCAAGAAGCCGCCAUCACACCUAAAGCUUUAUAAGAAACUCAAGGAUGAAUUAAACUUCGGUCCCACCAAGAAAAAGCUAAAAAAGCUCCCACCGGUUGAAACAGGGAAAACCAUUUUACCCCCUGAUGAGGCGCAAAAGGUGGAUUUGGAGAACGAACCAAGUUUAAUUCAGUCUCUAUCUGAUAUCAGGGCGGAAAAGGCUAAACUGAAGAUUGAAGAUCUUGACAGUCCUGGGGUUGUUCGUAAAGUGUCCAUCUGUGUGCGUGCUCUCAGCAACAAGUUGUUGGCGCAGCAGCAAGAAGAGCAGGUGGAUGAUAUGCCAGAUGAAUUCUCCAUCCAUACAGACAUCUCCCUCCCCAAGAAAUCCAUGGAUAUAGAGAAUAUGUUUCAAGCUAAAUCAAGAGAUCAGAAGUCAGAUCGAGGCUUUGAUCAAAAGAGCAAAGAUGUCAUUGAGUCAAAGGAGAGAAGUGUCAUCCAGCGUCCUCACCUGUCCGGUGCCAACAAGCGCAUGUUCAACCUCCUCAAGAAGGCCAAGGUUCAGCUCAUCAAGAUUGAUCAGCAGAAACAACUCAAGUCAUCAGGGCUCCUGUCAGAAGGCCGAAUCACAGCUGGGAAGAGGCAGAUCAGAAAACCCAUGACUCAACUUAAAGAUUCCAGUCCCGACAAGACUGUUGCUUCUCCAGAGCAGGAGCCGGCCAGAGGAGGUCCACGCAUCAAGCAUGUUUGCAGAGCAGCGGCUGUGGUUCUGGGGCAGCCUCGUGCCAUUGUCCCGGACGAUAUCCCCAGACUCAGUGCUCUUCCACUGCAUGAAAGAUCAGGCAUUUCACCAUCACCUGCUGCUAAAGAUGUGGAGUCACAUUCUGACCCAGACAGCCCUAUAAUGCAAGAGCAGAGGACGCCCAAGUUUCGCAAAGCCCGUGCACACGCACGUCGAUGUGGCCAGUGUAAAGGCUGCCUCCAUGAAGAGGACUGUGGCAAGUGCAUUAACUGUCUGGACAAGCCCAAGUUUGGGGGCCCUAACACCAAAAGACAGUGCUGUGUGUAUAAGAGGUGUGAUGAGGUUGAAGAAAGGAAGGCCAUGAGACUAUGUGGCAAGCUGUAUAAAGGGCAAAUGAAGAGGCGUCGCUCGUCGCUCGUCAGUGCUGGUCACUCGAGUAAUGAGGAGUGUGAAGGGACAGAGGCAGCUUCUGUAGGAGGAGACAGUCAGAGCCCAUCAUUACGGAAGCAACCCAAGCGCACCGUUAAACCGCGCUAUUACUGCGAUCUCCUGGAUUAUGACUCUGACUUCGACCCGGACGUGAACAGGACUUCAUACUCGACAUCACCGGCCCGGAGACGAGCGCCUGGUCCACGCAACAACGACUUUGUGUCACUGGACGACUUUGUUGGUGACGGCCUCGAUGAGGGCGUACGACAUCGCAGACCAGGAUUUAACAGAGUUCCACCCAUCAGACGGAAACCUGAGAAGAGUCCUCAGGAGCAAACGCCACCCAGUGUCCUGGCAGCGCUGGCUAACGGUUUCGCCGAGAGAGUAAACGAACCGUCUGAGCCCACAUACAAGAUCUGUGUCGACUUUAAGGAGGACUGCAGCUUGCAGAGUGUGUGGUCGACCGGUGGUUUGAGCAUCCUCACCUCUGUGCCUCUCAUGCCUCCAUCUGUGUGCCUCCUGUGUGCCAGCAAAGGACAACAUGAGAUGUUGUUCUGUCAAGUGUGUUGCGAACCCUUUCAUCACUUCUGCUUGGAGCCGUCAGAGCGGCCAGGGGACGAGAACAAGGAGAACUGGUGCUGUCGCCGCUGCAGGUUCUGCCGUGUGUGUGGUCGCAAGAACAGACAUUCCAAACCUCUGCUUGAGUGUGAACGAUGCCAGAACUGCUAUCAUCCUGCCUGUCUAGGGCCGAACUAUCCAAAACCCAACAAACGCAAGAAGCCAUGGGUGUGUAUGACGUGCAUCAGGUGUAAGAGCUGUGGCGUGACUCCAGGGAAGAGCUGGGACACCGAGUGGAACCACGAUAAGGGCUUCUGUCCUGACUGCGCUCGGCUGCAUGAUCAGGGUAACUACUGCACAAUGUGCUUCAAGUGCUAUGAGGACAAUGACUAUGAGAGCCAGAUGAUGCAGUGCUCGAUAUGUAACCACUGGGUCCAUGCCAAGUGUGAGGGAUUGACUGAUGACCUGUAUGAGAUCCUGUCGAGUUUGCCAGAGAGUGUUGUGUACUCGUGCCAGCCCUGCACUCGAGCGCAGGCCGGUAUAGUUCAGGAGAGGGAGGAGGGAGGAGGAUGGAGGGAGCUCCUGCUGCUGGAGCUCAGAGCCGGGGUGGAGAAGGUGCUCGCCUGCCUGCUGAGCUCUACUCUCACUCAGCACCUGGUCACAUGCUGCGAGUGUACAACUCUGGAUGAGAUUGGUGAUGGAGAUGAUGUUCUUCCUGUGUGUGAUUUGCGUGCUGUAGGAAAAAAAUUUGACAAAGGUCUAUAUACAACGCUGAAAUCUUUCCAUGAGGAUAUAGUGAGAGUGAUUCGCAAAAGGUUAGAGGAAGAGGAAACUUUACCAGAAGACCAAAAGCCAACUGCUCUGGCUCGCUCUUACUACCUGAAGCUUAUGGAAGAGGUUUUCAGCUGGUUCAACAGUCAGGAUCCUAAAGUGUGGGAUCCCCGCUCCAAACAUCUACCAGCUGGAAUGCUCUCGAAUGCUGUAAUACCACCAACAGAUGAGCAUGUGUUUGCCCAAUGGCGGGAACGAGAGGAGAAGAGCAGGACAGCGAACACCACCAAGCAAGCAGGAGGUCUUAUUGAGGUCAAAGGGGAAGAUGGAGCAAAUAUCUGUACCCCUCUGUCUCGCAGGCCUGUCAGUGGCCAGUAUAGAGACUUGAGCAUGAGACUCAGACUGACUGGGAAAAAAGCACGGCCCUCCAGAGAAGAUAUGGACACCGGCUGGUCAAAGGAGGAUGAGCGGCAAUGUGUCUUGUGUCAGAAGUAUGGCGAUGCAAAGCCCAGUGAUGCAGGCCGUCUGCUCUAUCUCGGACAAAAUGAGUGGGCUCAUGUCAACUGCUCCAUGUGGUCAGCUGAGGUGUUCGAGGAGGAUAACGGCUGCCUGAUGCAUGUGCAUAAUGCAGUUGCUAGAGGUCGCCUUAUGCGCUGUGAACGAUGUAACCAGACUGGGGCAACAGUGGGGUGCUGCCUUACCUCCUGCCAAAGCAACUACCACUUCAUGUGUGCCCGUUCUCGCAACUGCGUCUUCCAGGAUGACAAGAAAGUCUUCUGCUACAAGCACCGUGAUCUCAUCAGUGGAAAAAUUAUUACCGGACAAGGGUUUGAAGUUCUUCGUAGGGUCUACGUGGACUUUGAGGGGAUCAGUCUUCGCAGGAAGUUUUUGACAGGAUUAGAACCAGAAUAUAUUAAUAUGAUGAUUGGUUCUCUUCAAGUCAGAAAACUUGGGAAGCUGAAUGAAUUAUCAGCUAGUCAAGGAAGACUUUUUCCAGUGGGUUAUGAAUGUUCUCGGUGGUACUGGAGCACACAAAACCCACGUCGCCGCUGCAAGUACACAUGCCGGGUCAUGGAGGUACGACCACCAGUUCAGGAGAAUCCAGUAGAAGAACUGGCUGACCAGGGAGAAAAUCGCACAAUUGCCCACAGUCCAUGUCCACAAUCAGAAUCUGAGACUACGGAGGGAGAUGUGACACCAGCAAAUCCAUGUUUAGCAUCUCCCUUUGCUAAGCCGGACUCUGGUAGUCGACCCAAAAAUUCAGCCUACCCACUGAACAGAAGACCAGCUGGAGGACUAUCUAGACCACUACCAUCUCCAGGAGCAGCCCCUUCUAAGUCCCACCACAUUUUGACUAUUAGUGAUCUUGAUGACACCCGCAGACUACGGCGACAUACACCUCAGAACACUGGCAUUCGUGGACUCAACUCUUGCCCAUCCUUGGGAUCUCCGACUAGCUCAAUUAAUCUUCGAUCUGGGGGUUCCCAUCACUCUAAAACCACCCAGCCUACCUCCCCAAUUUUCCCGCUUGGUGCUACUGAAAACUUGUUGACCUCCUCGUCAGCCCGCCCUGUCAGUCGAAGCGCUUCCUCUGCCCGGGGUGCCGGAAUGUUGGCACCCCAUUCUACCUCAGGACUGUUUCCAGAGCCCAUGUGGCAUGGUGGUACUGGCAGCACCCCUCCCUCUAACCGAUCCCUUUCUUCACCUACCCACCUUUCAACAAGACCAAGGUUGCCUUUUGACCUUAAUCAGUUGGACUCUGCAGAACUUCCACACAAUUUCAUGGCAUCACCACAAGAACUGCCUGCAGAAAAUGGAACCUCACCUUUACGAGACACAGUAGAUCCACAGAGGGGUGGCCAUCUAGUCACUGAUAAGGAAUUCCCCUAUCCCCCCUUUCAGUUGGACACGGACUUAACUGUGGUGUCAGAACUCAAAACUGAGCUUGAAAUUGAAGCAACAGUACUAAAUGAGGGAGUGGCUAUGAACUGUAGUGAACAGAUUGUUGUUGAAGGCGAAGAGGAUCAAGAUGAGUUUUGGGGUCCAGAUGCAGAGGUGUCUGCCCGAAGAUUACCUCAUGCUACAGAGGACUGGGGUAAUAGUUCAUCUGAUGAUGACAUGGGAAACUAUUUUGAUUUUUCACGCACUAUAGUAGCUUGCAAAAUCCCAAGAGAAGCCUCAAAGACACCCCCUUCUGGCUCUAUAAAAUCAAUUUCACAACUUGAUGGUGUAGAUGAUGGAAAUGAGAGUGAUGCAAGUGUAACAAGCAGUAAUACCCAAAAUCUGAAGAACCCAAGUCAAGUUCAGAAACCAUCUCAGGCUCUUGAUGGUCAACAUCAUAAACAGUGGAAUAGUAAUGGCCUAUGUGUGGAACUUCCAAGUCGUAGCAGUCAGCUUCAACCACCAUCCAAACCGUUUGGCUCUCUAUCCUUAGUUAGUACUGUUGAUCAAAGUUCAAGUAGUCCAACACAUUCUGAGAUUCCUCAAGAGACCAGGGGUUACACAAACUCAGGCUUCCCAGAUACAUAUCAGAACACUGACUUUAUUGGUCAGACAUUUCAGUCAAGUCCUGUGGUGCCCCAGCAGGAGACUUCCACAAAUUUUGUUGUGCCAAAGGACGCAGAUACAACGUUUUCCACUUUCAAUGAAGACAUCGAAGGAUACGGUUUACCUACUGAUCUGGGGUUACCUAUAAUGCUGGACAGAUGUGAUCCUCCCUCACCUAACACCUGUUUUACUGAGUUAGUUCCAGUUAAGGAAGAACCUCAAAUAGACACACAAGAAUCCACUGAGUCAAAAGAAAUCUACUUGGAUCAUAACAGUGGCCACUUUGUUUCCUCCAUUGAUGGUUCUAUGAUUUGCCCAAAUAACUUGCCAGAGGAUUCAACAGAAGCAUCCUUCACAAAACCAGAAAAUGGAAACCAAGAUCAAGUGCUGCCAGAACUGACUUCUACGUCGUCUACAGAAACCGGCAGUGCUACAGUUCAUUCUGCUCCAUGUUUGCAGCCUACUUUCAUGUCAUUUGCUAAUUCAUCAUUAUCUUCAAAUAUUACUUUACAUUCUGUCCACACCCCUGAAAACAAGACAAUCCUGCCACCAAUGGAGAGUUUUCGUAACAAACUGCUAUCUCCUUCAGACAUAGGCCAACAAUCAGUCCCAAGGGGAGUGAUUUCUGCUGAUUUGCCUACUCAGCCUGAUUCAGUGUUUCAUGUGCAAUCAAGCACUGGUGUAGCCCUUGCAUCACUUAGAGCAGUGCCGUCCCCCGUGUACCCCACUUAUACACAACCCGUGUGCUCAGCAACAGUCAGUAUAGUCCCGUCUGUAAACUCCCCAACAUCUAUUCAGUGCCGUCCAAUGUCCUCCAUUAUUCAACCUGCCCCAUGCUCUGUUGUUGUUAAUGGCUAUAGCUCUAUGCCUAUGCAAAGGGAUGCUGCCCCAGGACGUACAAUUUCCAUAAACUUUUCAACCCCAAGACCAACGUUGGAGCCUCAACAAACAGUGACUCAAGCAUUACCAGGUCAUGCAAUUCUCACUGUGAAGGAGGUGGGUGGACCAAAUGUGGAUCCAACCCCUCAUGUUUUACUUGUUAAUCGUCUUGGCCAAAUUUUUGUAAAAAAUCCUGAAAGCAACACUUUCCAGCUACCCAGUCCCACCUCACCUUCCUACAACUGCGUUACACAGAUUGCCAGCCUUUUACAAAGCAACGCUCUCUCUGCUACUCUGGCAGCUGCGGGCAACUUGCCUGCAGUUGCUGGAGCAGCCAUCACAGCCCAAGUCCCCAGAAUGGUCACACCUGUGAUUCAGAACUCCAAUACCAUCACGCAGCUUCUCACUUCUAAUAGCAAAGGAACAGCAGCACCAUUGGAAGCCCAGAAAACUAACCGAAAUGCAAAAGAAUCUGCUGAUGGCUCUAUACCUGGCGUAAAGAAACCACGGAAAAAGAAGGAACCCUCGACACCUCGGAAAACCAAGUCAACUACUGUACCCGUGUCAUCUGGCAAGCCAGCAGACAAUCAUGCUGAGAGCGCUCAAGCUAUUAUUAACCAAGCUAUGGCCAGCUAUUAUGACCCCAGUCGAAAGGCUAGUCCUUCUUCGCCUUGUAACACUGCUGGUGGCGGAGCCCAAUCGCCAAGUUCCAUCGUUCUUCCAGCAGGCCUCCUCGUUGAACCAGAGUCCACAAAUUCUCCACCGCCUACCCCAAGCUCAGUAUUUUCUCGACCAAAGCAGGUUCGAAUGAAAAGGGUGUCCUCUCUCUCUGAUCGCAUUGCCACCAAAAAAUCAAAGUCUGACUUUUUAGAGCCAGAACAUUCCAGUGGCCCAGAAGAGCAACGCAAAUUAAAUUCAGCUGCUGCCAGGUGUGGGGGAGUUCGCAUUAAAACUCCAACUGUCAAAGGGAUCCUUGACCUGGAUAAAAUCAGUGAGGAGCACAGUAGUGAUUCUGAAAGCGCAAGGCCAGGGCUCUGGGAUCAUUUCGCCAUGUCCCGAGGUGGUGACAGUAGUAAACCACAGGCCUUGGACACCACAUGGUGCAGUUCACUCUCUGACUGGAACAAAUACUCAGGGAUGCUGUCGGGUUCAGAGGAUGAGAUGCCUCCUCCAGAAAGUGAAGAGAAGCACGCUCCCAGAGGAGAUCAGCCACACCUACGCUUUGAAAUCACUAGUGAUGACGGUUUUAGUGUGGAGGCAGACAACAUUGAAGUGGCCUGGAGGGCUGUGAUUGAUGGGGUGCAGGAGGCUCGUGCUGUUGCCAAGCUUAGACCGCUUUCCUUAACUGGGAUGAAUGGAGCUCGUAUGAUGGGUUUGCUCCAUGAUGCCGUGGUUUACCUUGUUGAACAGCUUCAGGGGGCUAAGAGCUGCCAUGGUCACACUUUCCGGUUCCAUAAGCAGCCUAGUCAGGAAGAUGACUUGCCCAUUAACCCCAGUGGCUGUGCUCGCUCUGAGGUCUACCUGAGGAAAUCUACCUUCGACAUUUUCAACUUCCUGGCUUCCCAACACAGACAGCUUCCUGACACUGAUCUCUAUGAUGAAGAGGAGGAUGAAAUUCUUCUCAAAUCCAGCAGACGAGCAACAAGUUUGGAGCUUCCCAUGGCAAUGCGCUUCAGACAUUUAGAAAGGACAUCCAAAGAAGCUGUUGGUGUUUACAGGUCUGCUAUUCAUGGACGGGGGCUGUUCUGUAAGAGAAACAUUGAAGCUGGUGAAAUGGUCAUCGAGUACUCCGGCAUUGUCAUUCGCUCCGUCCUGACAGACAAGCGGGAGAAAUAUUACGACGGGAAGGGAAUUGGCUGCUACAUGUUCCGUAUCGACGACUUUGACGUAGUCGAUGCAACUAUGCAUGGCAACGCAGCGCGAUUUAUCAACCACUCGUGCGAGCCCAACUGCUAUUCCCGUGUCAUCAACGUGGAGGGCCAGAAGCACAUUGUCAUUUUCGCCUUACGCAAGAUCUACCGUGGCGAAGAGCUCACCUACGACUACAAGUUCCCCAUCGAGGAUGCCAGCAACAAGCUCAGCUGCAACUGUGGAGCCAAGCGCUGCCGCCGCUUCCUGAACUGAGUGGGCCAUUUCGAAGAUCCUGAAAAGUGCAGGGAGAAAAACAGACCGGCAAUAAAACAGAGGCACAGUGGACUGUAGAAAGCACUGAGAUGGAAACGUCCAUGAAGGCUCACUAGCAGUGGUUUUAAUGGUGGCUGGGAUUGAAACCACUGGAAGUCCACUGGACAGAUCCAGACCCGGUCGUAGGGAUGUGCGCGUGGCGCUCAAGCACUCCAACAAAACUGGAAUGGUCAUAGAAUCACCUCUUUACAGUCUGAGCAUUUUAUCCCAGUCCACAAACAGAGAAGUUCUGCAUCAUGCUUCCCUUUUUACAACACAGAGGUCUUUAUGAUGUGCAGACUAGUGAAAAGAAGAUGCGCACUCCUCCCAUUGCUAAUACUUGUCAAAUUGUUGCUGCUGAAAAACAGUUUUGGCUCAUCUAGGGAACCUGUGAAAGGUGUUCCAGGUGUAUUUUUGAGCUUGUGCACGAGCAACAAGUACAGUGAUUGUCUGGCUGAUAAAAGUCUAAGUGGUUGGUGCAUCAGUUUUAGCUAUUCAAAUAGUUUCAGUUCCGCUAAAUGGAUUGUGCUGACCUCCUUCAGUCUAUGGCCUCUUUAAAAAAAAAUUUAAAAAAAAUUUGACUCUUAGAAAGAAGUGCAAAUAGAUGUACAGGAGUUUUGUGGCAGUGAGAAUAUACUGUACCUGAAUGAAUAUAUGACUAAUCAAGAGAUAUAUCUAUAUAUACUUUUAACUGAGAUGUUUAUCUGUGAUGUUCAUGCUAGAACAUAGUAUAGGACUUGAUGUUUAGGAGAAGAAAAGGCUUUAUUCUGCUCAGGAAGAUGCUGUGAACCCCUGCAAUACGCCAUCAUCAUCCAUUCUGUUUAUAAAGUCAUUUAGUAAGACGACUUUUUUUUUUAUAGAAAGUCUCAAAUCAGCCUUUAAGCUCUUCUUCAAAAGCCACUGCUGUAAAAAAAAAAAAAAAAAAAAAAAAAACUCAUUAGAAAACUCCCACUAGGCCUGCGUAUAUUAUUUAUUCUUUUACUGUGUUUAUUUUUGUCCCAAUUCAUGACUAUGGUUAAUUUAAUCAUGGAGAAAAUUCCGUCUCCCUUUUUGGGACCCUGCUGUUUUUUGUUUUGUUUUGUUUUGUUUUGUUUUUAGUCUCAGCUAAUUUUGCCCGUUUUCUUAACCUUUGAAUACGUUAUGGUGCUAAACUUAACAAAAGUCUUGAAAUUUAAGUGGCAAGUCACACGUUUCAUCGCCGUCGUCUUUGUCAGUCAUCGCAAUUUAAGACACUUCAUUAUUUGUGAAUUGCUCAAGUACUUGACAGAUAAAAGGUAGAGAGACGACGUUAUUUUUUUCAGAAGCAUCACAAGGUAUGGAAAGAAAACCGUUCACCUUGUAUCCUCUGCUGUCUGCGUUCAACACUACUUGAGCUAACUAGGAAUAGUCACUUAUACAGUUUUUAUUUUGGGUCUUUCUCAGUUCUGUGAUAGUCGCGCAGACAUGCACAUAAUGUACAUCUAAAGAAGUCCUGACCCCUUUUAAUUGCUCAAGAAAAUCUCUCCGAAGCAACAUUUGUUUGUUUGUUUGUUUGUUUUCUCCGACAGAGUCUCUUUAGCAGCGAUUAAGAAUUACUGAUGGGUCUUUCAGCUAACAGCCACCAAGCACUCAGCACCUUGACAUCCCUUUAUUUUAAGACUUAAGACAAUUCUGAUUCCGUCUAUCACGAGGAAAAAGAUAACUGAUACCAAUCUUAGUGUCUUAGAAAGACAAGAUUGCUCAAGCUUUAUGGCGUAUUUAUUCUUGUUUGUGUUUAGAUUAUGGGAGUAAAUGUGCUUUCUCCAUGGCCAAGGUCUUUCUUUUUGUUUACAUAGUUUCCUUUUUUCUUGACUUGAACAUUCUUCAAGGAGGAGUUCUUGCAGUGCAGCCUUUUUAAGGUCGUGUUUUGAGCCAGAGGUUCUUUUUUUUAAAAAAAAGAGUAUGGUUUUAGUUCAUGUUUUAACUUGUAAAUUGUGGCAACAUGCUUUAGGGAAACUGUUUCCUUUUUUUCUCCCCCCUUCUCACAAUCUGCCAGAAACAGCUUCCAGUGCUUGUCGCCGCUCCUUUCGUGUUUUUAUGGUAGCUGGCUUUCUAACAGCCCUUGAAGCCAGUCAGUGCGGUCAUCCUCUGCCUCGUGUGGCCCUUCUCGUUUCAGAUAAUAUCACGAAACUGAAUUUCACCCUUUGGUUUGUUUGUUUUUUUCCACUGAACUUGCAAGGAUUCUACCUCAGGCUGUUCAGAAUGACUGUCAAAGAAUACUAAUGCAAAACCUAGAUGACGAUACGAUAUCGCUUGGUCUUAAAUGUUCUGUAGAGAUGGCCUGUGUGCAAUGAAGGAUGCCAAGCACUAGUCAAGACCUUCUGUGACGAUCUGUCUCCCAGAGUUGUGUGGAAAAACUGUAUGUUCCUACGUAGGGUUAUUUUAAAAAAAAUUAUAAUAAUAAUGUGUUAAGAAAAGACUUCAAAAUGAGAAAAUGUGUCUUUACUACCUUGUACAAAGUACCCCAAGUCUGUAAAUAGUUGUAUACAUAUUUCUAAACCUGUUUAAUUUUUCUAUGCACUUUUUUAUUUAUAAUGUUAUUUGCUUAAUAAAGAUGUUACAAUGUUUGAACAAAAACUGAUGUAUGUGCUUAUUGCACUUGAGUUGUUAGAUCAGUUGAAAACAUUUACUUUUGCUACAAUAAUUCUAAAUAGUGGAGAGAAAUAUACGCAAACAUUAUUAUACACAGCUUCUUAUUUGUUAUAAAUUUGAACCAAAAAAAGUAUGUUUUCAUAAGAAUAAACACUUUACAAAAAAACUCAGCAAAACAUUGACACUAUAUUCGAAGUUUAUAUUAGUUCUAUAUUAGAAAUCUGAAGUGGCUAUAUGCACUGAAGGAAUAUUAAAUAUCAAAACCAAAACUGUCUGAAUACUUACAUAUUCCCCCUCACUGUAUAUAAUGUAUACCUCGAGGGAAGCAGUACAACCAGAGCACUGUCGAAUUCUCUCAUCUGAUUGGUCAGAAGAUGUUCAUUCAUU